AUGACGGGUGAUGACCAUGCUGGUAUUGAGUCUUUGAAGCAUGAUCUAGCUCAUCGAUUUGCUAUGAAGGAUUUGGGCAUGCUGCAUUUUUUCUUGGGUAUUGAGGUAGCUCAGUCUAAGAAAAGGUAUCUUCUUUACCAGACUAAAUAUAUAUCUGACUUGUUUGCACGGGCGGGCCUCUCUGACAAUCAGACUGUUGAUACUCUUCUUGAAACCAAUGCACGGUAUUCUCCUAUUGAUGGUGUUCCUUUGUCCGAUCUAAAUCUUUAUCGCACUAUUGUGGGAAGUUUGGUAUAUCUCACUGUUACUCGUCCAGAUAUUGCUCAUGUUGUUCAUGUUUUCGGUCAGUUUGUUACUACUCCUACUGUUGAAUCAAGAAAGUAA